AUGCCCUCUUCAUCAGUCAAGGCUUUGAUCAAGAGAUUUUCCAAUCAUCUCAGCAAAGUAUGCGCAGUUCGGUCGAAGCGCCCCGCAAAAAACAGACGCACACAGUGCAGUUCGACGACUUACCAUAAAGGCCAUGACUCCAUUUCUGCAAAUAUUUCCAUGCACCCUGGUUCUCCGGCGUGGGACCCAAGCCUCGGAUCCUCCAUCAAUAUUCCCUCUGUCACACCCUCCCAUGGCAAUUCCGUUGCCCGCACAAUUUCUGACGUCGUUCAGACAGUUGGUCCUUUCACCCAGGGCGUUGCAUCUGCAAUUCCAAUUGUCGGUUCUCCGAUCCAAGCUGCCAUUAGUGGAUUGUUGACAAUCCUUCAAGUCAUGGAUAGACGUACUCAGAACAGGGCGGACUUAGAUCGCCUGACCUCACGACUUCAACAACUAAGCUUAUAUCUGUACAACGCUCCGACCCCCCAGGAUCCCGUUGAACAACACCGGAGGAAAGCCAUAAUUGGGAUCCUGGAAGAAACGUCUGCCCAGCUGACAAGGUUGGAAAAUUGUCGUCUCGAAUAUGCAUCCGUCACUCAAGCUAUCGCCGGAUGCUCCAUGGAAAUCGACCGUUAUCUGGAGAAUUAUUUGGUUUUUUCAUCUCAAAUGCAAAAUCAACACAACAUCCAGAAAGUGUUAGCAAUUCUGCAGAAGCGGCAGGAUUCUGUGGGACCCACGGUAACCGCACUUGGCUGUGUGAAACUAGUAGACGCAACAGGCUAUGAACAUCCAAUAUCAGUGACCUUUUGCACCUCAUUUCAGCAACUCAAUGAUAUGCUCCAGGUUUUGUUCAAAUCCGAGUCGAUCCAAGCUCGAACUCAGAGACGGUAUGUGGAGCAAGGACAAUACGAUUUGUGCAUCGACGACGACAAGCAAGUAACCCGACUUACAAGCCAUGAAUGGCCAAGAUUCGAAGCAGGCAUGACGAUCGUCAUGAGGGUCAUCCUUAAACAAGAGACACAGCCUGACGUUGAAUACCAAUGCCAUUUUUGUGACGCUGUCAAUCGCACCGGCGCGGAGCAUUCACUUCAGGCAGGCUGCUCCAUCAAUUGCCGAGUAUGCAAACGACGGUUUCAGAUCUCCCGCGGGUACAGUUCAAAGCGGGAAACACAAUCCUGUGUUGACCACAUCCCCAGAACUGAAUUAGAGGACCUUAUUCGCAACUUUCAUGUCCAGCAAACGCGCAACAACCCUAACCCUAAUCUGCACGCUGAUGGUGCUCUCGCUCUCAGCUCGCCGCGUCCCGCUCUCAGAAAGUCCGUGUUCUCGUCUUUGAUGUUGCUUACUCAACGCUGA